GCUGGCGCUGGGGCUACUAGGCGCGAUAUCCAAAUUUUAAACGGCCGCCCUUUUUGUUCAUCGAAAAACGAGGAGCUCUUUCCUGGUUGCUUCCCAGACGCCCAGCGCCAAGACGUUGCUCUUUCUCUCUCCCUCUCCAUCGGUUGCUCACUCGUCACUCAUCUUCGCAGCUGGAGCAGUCUUCGUAGCCGAAGCUCUCCGUCGCAGUUUGGUUAAUCGGAUUACCUGUUUGAUCAUUGUCCUCAGAGAAUGGACUCUCUACCUGAUGCCAUAGUCCAAUGCUUUUUAUCACAUAUGCGUAGUGCCUGGGAUGUGGCAGCUUGUAGUUGUGUCUCCAAGCAGUGGAGGGAGUCUAUCCGAUUCACCAAGAGCCUGUAUUUUCCCCGCAAUUGUUUCGAAAACAAUCCCAGUGCGGACAGUCCUGACAACAUUGUGCUGAAGAUGAUUGCCUCUAUUGUUCAAUUGGAAGAGCUAGUUGUAUACUGUCCUUUCCGUAGUGCAGGCCUUGCUUCAUGGCUAGCACUGUUGGGCUCAUCCCUGCGGUUUCUUGAGCUCCGAAUGGACAAUCUUUCUGAACAGCUGCUCAGUGUUGACAAUCCCUCAAAAAUUGAAUGCAUUGGAGCUGCAAGGAAUCUGGAGUCACUAAAGCUUUGGGGUGUCCUAAUGACACAAUUGCCUAAGUGGGAUGUCUUUCACAAACUUCUAAAUCUUGAAAUAAUUGGUGCAAGAUUAGAGGACCCUGCACUGUCUGAUGCACUUCGAGCAUGUCCUAAUCUGACCCACCUCUUGCUACUUGGUUGUGAAGGGUUAAGAUCAAUUUCAAUUGAGCUGCCAAAAUUGGAGCAUUGCAAGCUUGAUUUUUAUGGCCUGGGGAACUGUUCCCUUUCUCUCACUUCCCCAAAACUUGAAUUGCUUGAGGUACAAGGUUGCAGUUGGAUAAGAGUUCGUGAGACUUGUUGCUUAAAGAUUCUCUCUGUUGCAAAUAAUUCUGGAAAAGUCUACAUGGUAGAUUUUGGAAAAUUUGGAUCUCUUGAAUUUUUAGCCAUCAGAGGGGUCCAAUGGUGUUGGGAUGCCAUUAGCAAAAUGCUGCGAUGGGCAAGUGAGGUGAAGCAUCUCUAUAUGAAGGUGGAAUUCGCUGGGGAUUUUGAUGACCUCGAGCCCUUUCCAGAGGUUGACCUUGUUGAAUUCUUUAAUAGCCAUCCUAAGCUUCAGAAGCUUGACAUGCAUGGUGCCAUGUUUGCUGCUCUUUGCCAGAAGAAUAGCUUGAAAAAUGUGGAUUCAAGUUUCAUAAUUCCGUGUUUGGAGGAGGUUGUGAUCACAGUUAGAUCACCAUUAAAUGCUGAACAGAAGAUGAGCACACUUGAGUCUCUGGUGAAGUACGGGAAGAGUCUAAAUAAGAUGCUCAUAAAGAUUCUCCAGAUGAAGAGCACUCACAACAGUACGGAUGAUUUCUUUGAAGAGAUUUGCAAGUUUAGAUACAUGAACCGCAAAAUUGUUGAAAUUCAAUAAAAUCUAUGGAGACCUUUCUAUUCAAAACAUUCCUUUUUGACACCCCAGUAAAAGCAUGACUGCUGAUGUUAUGAUGAACUUUGAUGUUUCCUUUUUUAUUAGUUUCACAAAAUGUUCUCACAUUUUCAAUAUAUUUCCAAAUUUUAAUGCUC